CAAUGAGAGAUUUGUUAGAAGUGCGAUUCCAUAGGUAAAACUUUGUGAGUGACUCCAUGAGCAAUAAAUAAUAUUAAUAUAGCAAAUACAGUAGGCAUUCCAUAGUGAAAAAGUUAAAAAUAAUAAACUUAUUGCCAUUGAAAGAACCCCACAUCAACGGAACAACCUGAGAUUGGUAUUCGCGAAUACAAGAAACCUCAAUGCAAGCUAUUAAAUUUGGACUGUUCCUUUGUUGGCUGCAUGUGCUGACUCUGUUCCAGAAAUUGUUGGCAAAAUUUCGCCAAUUCAUUAUUGCCUGCACAGACGAACCGGAUUUCGUGGAUGUGAUUGUCUUCAAUGAUAUGCCCUUGAAGUGUUACCAAAGGCAUAAGAACGUGAACUGUCCGAGAAAAUACUGCCAGCACUGCAGGGUGAAUAAAUUGGUUUCCUAUAUAAACAAUGCCAAGGUGUGUAUGGAUAUUGCCCACCUGGUCUUUACCAGUCAGAAGAUAUACGACGCCGUGUUGGCCGCCUGGUACAGGGGCGUAAACAUCCGCUUCGUCACCGAUUCCGAAAUGUUACAUGUUCACGGUUCCAAAAUCCGGAAGCUCUGCUCUCAUAACAUUCCCAUUCAUGUGGCUGCCCAGAAAACUCUAAUGCACCACAAGUUUGCCAUCAUUGAUGGUGAGCAGCGGAUCCUUCAGCUGGACAGUAAAGAGAGGAAAAAGGCGGCCCGCGUCUUGAAACGCCGUGGAAUCGUUAUGACCGGCUCCCUGAAUUGGACCAUUCAAGGUACCCAGAAUAACUUUGAGAACGUGGUCAUCACAUCCAAUCGCAAGGUGAAUGCACGCUACCAACUGAUCUUUGAUAAUUUGUACAACGUUUACGAAGAGCUAAAAAUCAUUUUCAAUGAAUACGAACCCAAUGAAGUAGUAAGGAUUCCAGACAAAAGUGCUAAGAAUUAUUUUUAGAAAGAAAAGGAGGCUCUUUCUUGGAAUGCAUUUGAAUAAAAUAAAUGAAACAUGGCCUAA